AGUAUACGUUUGAAUUUUCGUUGACUGAAUAUUUUAGAACGGAAAAAUGUCAGUAUUUAGUCGUUAUUUCGGAGUUUUAAUAUGUUUUUAACGUGUUUCUUAUUAAAAGUGUUUUGGUUAUAUACAACAUCGAAUGCGGCGAAGUUAACUACAAAUAGUACAGUUCAAGGUUCCAGUAUGACGUUGCAGCGUUUGACAGCGCUUCGAGCGCUGAUGACGAGUCAGCCAACAGCACUGGCUGCUUACAUCAUUCCUACUGCAGAUGCACAUAAUUCUGAGUACAUUGCAUCAGUGGACGCCCGUCGUGAAUGGAUAUCGGGGUUCACGGGUUCCGCCGGUACUGCUGUGGUGACCGCCGCGCAUGCGCUAGUGUGGACUGAUGGCAGAUAUUAUACGCAGUUUGAAAAAGAAACUGACAAUACAUUGUGGACUUUAAUGAAGAUGUCAUUGCCAGAAACAUUAACAAUGGAGAAAUGGCUGACGGCAAAUUUAGUUGAAGGAUCAGUUGUUGGGGCUGACCCCAAAACAAUGAGCAGAGACGAAUGGACUCCAUUACAAACAGCUUUAAAGAAAGCUAAAAUGGAACUUGUAGCCGUUCCUAAUAACCUCGUGGAUCAAGUGAGGGUUCAAACGAAAGAUGGUCCACCAAAGAGACCUCAUAAUGGAAUAAUUCCACUGUCUGUUAAGUAUACAGGCAAAGCGGCUGGUAAGAAGAUAGAAGAAUUAAGAGAGAAGAUGAAAGAGAAGAAAGCAUCUGCAUUAGUUAUUACAGCAUUGGACGAAGUUGCAUAUACGUUAAACUUACGUGGUAGUGACAUCCAGUACAAUCCAGUGUUCUUCUCUUACCUGGUGAUUACCAUGGACUCAGCCAAGCUGUUCUGGGGUGAUGGUACAUUAUCACAAAUUGUGGUAGACCAUCUGAACUCAGAAGGUGCUACAGUUGAAUGUAGACCCUAUGACAAUAUUAUGGAAUAUCUAAAUGAAUUAGCGAAAGAACUAUCAGAAAGUGGUGAUGGAGCUCAUGGUAUUUGGUUAUCGAAUGACGCAAGCGAGGCUAUACAUAGAGCAUCUGCGGGGGAGAAAGUUUUGAAGAAACCGUUAGAUUUAAUAUCGGAAGUCUCUCCGGUGGCUUUGGCUAAGUUAAUCAAGAACGAAGUGGAAUUGCAGGGUUUUCGUAAUUGUCAUAUAAAAGAUGGUAUUGCUGUGGUCAGGUUUUUCAAAUGGCUGCACGAAGAGAUCGGCAAAGGUUCUAAAGUCACGGAAAUACAAGCUGCUGAUAGGCUCUUGGAAUUUAGAACAGAGGAAGAAGAUUUCUUGGGUCCGUCCUUUGAGACAAUAGCAGGGGCUGGGGAAAAUGGUGCUAUAAUACACUACAGCCCUUCAAAAGGGGGUGAGCAGAGAGUUAUAAGGGUAGAUGACAUGUUUUUACUUGACUCCGGUGGACAAUACAGGGAUGGUACAACAGAUAUAACUCGAACACGUCACAUGGGCGAGCCCAGCCCUGGGCAGAAGGACACCUUCACUAGAGUACUGAAGGGACAGAUAAUGUUGGGCAGUGCAGUGUUUCCACAGGGUGUUAAGGGUAACGUGUUAGACAGUUUUGCCCGUCAGUAUCUCUGGCUGGCAGGGUUAGACUACGCGCAUGGCACUGGACACGGGGUCGGGCACUGCCUCAAUGUGCAUGAAGGGCCCUCCGGAGUCUCCUGGAGACCUUAUCCCAAUGACCCGGGACUUCGCCCCAAACAAAUACUAAGUAAUGAGCCAGGAUACUACAAGGUUGGGGAGUAUGGUAUCAGGCAUGAGGAUCUGGUGGAAAUUAUCUCCAUCACAAGGGAAUCUGAUCAUCCCAGGGCUCGCGGUCUGCUGGGUGACUUCGAAGGUCGCGGCGCCCUCGGCUUCAGCACACUAACUCUGGUGCCGCAUCAAAAGGAUUGCUUGGAUUUGAAUCUGCUCGAUGAUUUUGAGAUAUCCUACAUAAAUGCUUACCACGCCCGAGUGUUGAACACUUUAGGUCCCAUUCUUGAAGCUCGGAACCUCAUGGAAGACUACGCCUGGCUCAAGGAACAAUGUGAACCCAUUAACAAAUAGAUUCAAAUAAAAAAUGUCCCGAGGCAAGCUUUUAUGGAAACUGAUAUUUAUAUGCAUUUUAAUAUAUUUUUAAGAGUAUAUUAUUUUUUAAUAAA